ACACACAGUCAGCUGACUCGGGUUGAUGACUGAUGAGUAGUUUCGUGUAAAGUUAGCUGUUGGGUCACUUUAACUCCACGUAGUGUUUAUUUGUUUCUUAUUUAAACGCGCGACUGAGUGAGUGAGUGAGUGAGUGAGUGAGUGAGUGAGUGAGUGAGUAAGUGAGUGAGUGAGCGAGUGAGUGAGUGAGGAGACAUGUUACGACCGAAGGCCUUAACGCAGGUUCUCAGCCAAGCCAACACAAACGGAGUCCAGAGCACACUGCUCCUGAAUAAUGAAGGCUCACUGCUGGCCUACUCUGGGUAUGGAGACACUGACGCACGAGUGACAGCCGCCAUCGCAAGCAACAUCUGGGCGGCCUACGACAAGAACGGCCACCAGGCCUUCAACGAAGACAAACUCAAAUUCAUCCUGAUGGAUUGUAUGGAGGGAAGAGUGGCCAUCACACGUGUAGCAAACCUCCUGCUGUGUAUGUAUGCCAAAGAGACGGUGGGCUUUGGAAUGCUUAAAGCCAAGGCAGAAGCACUGGUGCAGUACCUGGAGGAACCAUUGACCCAAGUGGCCGCAUCAUAGUGAGGACGUGUGUCACUUCAGUCUGCCUGGAAGUUAAAUGAAAAGCAUCAUGUGAUCCUACAACUCAUCAACUGUGUGUGUGUGUGCGCGCGUGUGUGCGUGCGCGUGUGUGUGUGUGACUACGCAGCAUAUUUAUAAUCAUGUUAUUGAGACUAACGACUUGUGUCUUUUUUAACUGUUUGUUGUCACGUAUGAGUUAGUAAAAUGUUGGUAAAGCUACUGAAAUGAUUCCACUGUCGUCUUGGCUCACAUUUGCAGUUUGGAAUCAUAUAAAUGGACUUAAAGGGCUAGUUUGAGUCUUUGAAGUGUGGGAGACUGAGCAGUUUAUAAACUUCAGUUUCAAGUUGGAAAAGGCUGAUGACUUACACUGACAUGUGCCAGUGCCUGAUACAACCUCACUUCAAUCACCUGAACUGUCACAUUAAAUGACGUCUAAUCUUAUCUUCAGUCUCAGAGCUGUCAAAUAAACUCUUCUUUGAAUUCAGA